AUGAGCGGACACUAUGGCGGGCAACCCUAUGCCGCUCAGUAUAACGAGCAGUAUGUCACCAACCCGUAUACUCACCAGGAACCAGAGGAAAUGGUCGAGUUAAAUAGCCCUCGGGCGUAUCGCAGCCCUGGAGGCGUCGACCAGCAAGAAGCCAACUUCGACUUUCACUUUCAAGAACAUCCUUCUCCUAGGCCAGCUGUGAUUCCGUAUAGGCCGGGUUUGGGACACAACCCGCCAGACUAUACUUCUUCGCCGGGUCUUUUCCCCACUCCUCGCACAUCAUAUGGUCCCGAUUCGUUUGCCAAUACACCUUACGAGUCUCGCUCGGCUUCUCCUACCUUGUACCACCAUUCUCAGGUCCAGAGCUCCGCCAGUCUCGGUCGUACUCCUCUCGUGACCACUCCGGCCUCACCGGGAUACGCAAAGGACUGGGUUCAGUCGGGAUCCAUCGCUCGUAUCAGUGAUCGCGAUGAUAUCGAUACCUGGAAAGGCUGGAAGCGAAUUGUGUUCAAGUUCACCCCGUUCCUGACCUUUGCCAAUACCGGACUUUACUUGUUCUAUCUGGGUCUGCGAAUCUACUGUAUCGUCUCGGCACAGAAUGCUGCGGGCGUCAGCUAUGCCGGAGCAUGGGUGUUCGUCGCCAUUGAAAUUGCCGUUAUGAUUCCUUCUCUCAUGCACAACUGCUGGACUAUGAUGGCUAUGAAGAAGCGAGGCCGGCCUAAGUUGCGGUUGACUGGCAACGACUGCCCGACGGUCGAUGUAUUCAUCACCUGCUGUGGCGAAGAAGACGAGGUCGUCCUUGAUACUGUCCGUGGUGCAAUCGAUCAGGAUUAUCCCUUUGACCGAUUCCGCGUGAUUGUCCUCGACGAUGGCAGGUCCGCGUCCCUGGAGGAUUCUGUCAACAACCUGGCAAUCACCCACCCGAAUUUGUACUACAUGGCCCGCGAGAAAAUCCCAGGCAAACCUCACCACUUCAAGGCCGGUAACCUCAACUAUGGUUUGGAUCAGACACUGGCAUUGCCCGGUGGAGCCGGCCAGUUCAUGGCCGCUCUGGACGCAGACAUGAUCCCCGAACAACAGUGGCUCCGUGCCGUGGUCCCACACCUGCUCGCCGAUCCCAAGAUGGCCCUUGCUUGCCCUCCCCAGCUUUUCUACAACACCCCUGCGUCAGACCCUCUUGCGCAAAGUCUGGAUUUCUUUGUGCAUGUAAUUGAGCCGAUCAAGGACGCGCUCGGUGUCGCCUGGUGUACCGGUUCCGGCUAUGUUGUUCGACGCGAGGCUCUCGAUCAAAUUGGCAAUUUCCCCCUGGGCUCGUUGGCCGAGGAUGUCGCGACUUCGACUCUGAUGCUUGGUAAGGGAUGGAAGACCGCGUACAUCCACGAGCCGUUGCAGUUUGGAACCGUGCCUGAGGAUUAUGGUGGUCACUUGAAGCAGCGUACUCGCUGGGCUAUCGGCACUGUGGACACGGCCUUCAAGUUGAAGUUCUGUCUGUGGGGUGACGCAGUCCGUAAGAUGACGAUUGCUCAGCGGUUCUCUGGUUUCUUGUAUGCCACGCUGAGCUUGUAUACUCUUCUGCUUACUGCGUCGCUCUUUGCUAUUCCCGUGAUCCUGUUGUGGGGUAAGCAGCUUGUUGCCUACGCGAACCAGGACCAGCUACACUGGUUGAUCUGGGCUUGUUUCGCGUCGACGCUCGCCAAUCGCCUGUGCGAAUUCGCAUUGUUCAUUCCUGCUGGCUACCACACCGGCCAGCGUGGAUCUCGCUAUCAACUCUGGAUGUCCCCAUACAUCGCCCUCUGCAUCGUCCGCUCAUUCAUGCUCCCCUCCUGGCUCGGCGGCCAAGCCCAGGCCUUCAAGCCAACCGGAUCGCUCGGCUCCGCCCUGAACGAGCGCGACCCCAAGCUGCGAAAGAACCUAUUCGUUCGUCUCCGCGUGAUCCUAUUCAAUUUCAUGGCCCUCUUCCACUUUGCCUUCGUCUACGUGACGCUUGUCGCAGUCGUCAUCUCCACAUACCGCUGUUUCGCCGUGGAGAACAGCUUCAAGGGAGUUGUCAUUUGCUUGAUCACCCACGCCUUCUGGCCUCCUCUGACUUUCCUUUUCCUGUGCACUUCGCUGUGGACUCCGGUUUCGUACGCGAUUGAUCCGCCAUCGAUGCCGGAGCGCGAGGAACUCUUGACGCGUGAUCCCAAGACAGGCGUCGCUCACCCGACCAAGAAGAGCAAGAAGAUUGCAUUUGGUGGCCAAGCUGCCUGGUUUGAACUGGAGUACACGGUUGCCACUGCUGCUACUAUUCUGAUUUUUGUUUACUCUUUCUUCUUUUAG